UUGACAGAAGCAUUUGGGGUGCCAGACAGCUGUAUAGUUGCACACUUUUGCAGUUAUUGUUAAUUAUUUUUGAUCUAGAAAAGGGUCAUAAAUGCAAUGUUUCGAAGUUCUUCAGGGAACAAUCUUUUGGCAGUUUGGUAUAUAUAUGUUUUGACAUGGAAUGUCGGCAUUUCUACUAAUAGGGACAACGAAAAUGGAAGGAAAAGCUGUCAUUAUGAUGUGAACGUGGCCUGGACUUCAGAGAUAAGCAACAAUCUGAUAGUAUCCUCUCCACUUGUUGCCGACAUCAACGCUGAUAAUAAGCUGGACAUCAUCUCGCCUGCGUUCACAGAGGAAGUCGUUGGCCUUGAUGGUGACAGAGGCCAGAACCUUUUGGGGUCAAACUGGCCAGCGAGCUUCCAUGGCAGCUCAUUCCAUGCCUCACCUUUAUUGUAUGACAUUGAUAGCAAUGGCAGAGAAGAUGUCGUCUUAUUCACAUCCGAUGGAGAAAUUCACUUCUUGGACGCCCAAGGAAACAGGAUGACGGAUCGAACGAUGCACGUCCCACCCCUAGAUGUACAGAGAGAUUGGUGGAAUAAGACGACUGGCCUGAGACAAGACGUGAUCGGCCAGUUUGUGCGAACAUCUGUACCAGGAAAACUACCUAACUACAACUCUGAAGAUUCAUCUAGCAAUCAGCAGUACAUCAGCGUGAAUGCUCACGUGUUGGCCACACCAGUCAUUGCUGAUCUCAAUCAGGAUGGUAUCACUGAAGAACUGAUCAUACCAGUCAGCUACUACUUCGACAAUGAGAUUAACAGGUCGGAGGAAGAGCUUCGUGCACUGGGAGCAUCUGAAGCAGACCUGCAGGGCUAUUUAGCAGGGGGCAUUGCUCUGUUCAAUCUCACUACAGGAGAGCUGUACAAGGAGUUGAUACUAGAACUCACUAAGAGAAAUGAUGAGUUUCCAGGCUACGUUCUGUUUACUCCGACCAUCAUGGAUCUGGACAGCAAAGGAGGCCCUCUAGAGAUCAUUGUGGGAACAUCGGCGGGCAACCUUCACGUCUUGGAUCACACUGGUACCCCGCGCACUGGUUUCCCUCUGCUCCUCAGCACCUUGCAUGGACAGAUCACAGUUGAAGACCUGAAUGACGACGGGCACCUGGAGAUGGUUGUCAUGGAUACCAGCUCCAAUGUCAUGUGUCUGGAUGUGACAGGGCAUGAAUUAUGGGAUAGCCAGAUUUCAGGUUCGUCGUCAGCAGGUUCCAGGGUGGCUGAUAUCAAUCAAGAUGGCAUCCUAGAUAUUGUCAUAGCAACCAAUGACGGGCAUAUCUGGGCAUUACGAGGCGACACAGGCAAACUGAUUGACGGCUGGCCGUUAGCUCUGGGAGGCAGGUUUCUAGCCAAUCCACUCAUUGCCAGGCUCAAGCCCCCACCUCAACCACUAGACAUUAUAAUUGCAGACUAUGAGGGCAGUCUUUACAUCAUAUCUGGUGACGCCGCCUGCCUCGAAGUCAUUCACUUGGAAGAGAACAUCAUGACCCCGGUAUUAGCCGCUGACCUCAUACCCACGACCUCUGACCUGGAACUGCUGCUAGCCACCAGCGAUGGCACGCUGAUGUGCCUGAAGACGCAUAACGAUACAGGGAGCGAGGAGGUGCCUGAGCAUGGGAGGAGCGAGAGGGCGUGGUCGAUUGAGGCAUGGCACGCUGACACGCCCACUUAUAACAAGUUCACCAACUGGGACAACAAGGUUGGUGUCAAGUUCACUGCAGGGACAAAGCAAUUGGAGUAUGUGUCUGGAAAAUCUUUCCUUGUUCAAUUUGAAAUCUUUGACAACAGACCUGAAUAUAUUGAAGACUCAACAUACCAUGUACAGAUCACGUGUGGAAAUAUAAUCUUGCUGCCUAGGACGAUUUUACUAGAAACUGGAAUUCAUCGGAUGAGAAUACAAACACCCAAUCGUCCAAUCAGAGCAGUCCUCACUGUCCAUGUGACCAAUAGGCACGGCCAGAUGUUCCAAGACUCAUUUGCAAUAAGUUUCAACACAAAGUUCAUCCAGGAACUCCAGUGGUUGUUAUUUGUUCCAUUUGUUGCCAUGGUGAUGCUACUCCUUCUAGUUCAUGGCUAUCCAGAGGUUGACCUUUUACCUAUGACCCAAAGCUUCAAACAUAGGUGAAAAUGACCCAAGGUACUGUUUUACAGUGUGUUGCAGUGUUGUAGGUCUCGA